AUGGACGCCAAACAGAUCCGUCAACUCGUUGAGAAGGCGGUAGCAAACGCGGUAGCAGCCACGUUGCAGAACCAAAACGUCCUUGAUGCUCUGCGCCCACCGCAACAAGUGCCUCCGCCACCGCCCCCUCCGGUAGCAUUCGCUAUCAACCCAGCUGGAGCUGGAAAUCUGCCAUGGGAUUUCACGUCAGUGACGGGAUUGAAGAUCUUUAUCGCGUCGACUACCCCUUUCAAGGUGCUCUACGACGGAAAUCAAACUGGACUUCGGGACUUCUUGCGAAAGAUCUUUCAACGUGCCGAAUCAUACGGAUGGACCACGAUCUUGAUGGUCAACAAUACACGAGGAGUGAGCAAGAACAUCACCACGCAACACGGAAGUUUGACCGUGGCAAACCCCAGCCAGCCAGCUGCAGACGGUGCUCCCGAGCCAGAUCCCAUCAUCAAGGAAGACGGGAUGUGUAUGCUUUUCGAGCUCAUCAGGAUGGUAUCUGUUGAAACCAAAGCAACGGUGUCAAUCCUCAACAAGAAACUGAUCAACCUUGACGCGAUCACGGAGAAGGCAAAGUCCAACAUCGAAGACUUCAACUUCGUUGUCGAGGAUCUGAUUGAUCAACUGGAGUCACGCAGCGUAGAACCACCACCAAUGCUACUCAGCCUGUUCGAUGGAUAUGCGAACUGCGCUGACACGGCAUCCGUCAAGUAUAUGGCUCGGAAUCAAGAUGCCUAUGAAGAUGGUUCUCUCGAACUUCAGUACGAGAAUCUGAUGCACAUCGCUUUUGAGAAAUACAAAGCGAUGGUCAGCAAGGACAAGCGGAUGAAGAAGUCAGACGAACAGCUCAAGAUUAUCGCUCUGAAGUCCAAGAUGGAAGACGACAAGCUCGAGAUCAUCGCCCUCAAGUCAAAGGUUGACAUGAUCCACAAGCCAGACUCCAAGCAAGCUUCCGACAAAGGAGCAGCAAAGAAGGAAGAUAGGCAGUCCAGUCAAUGGGAAGACGUACAUUUACUGUCCUUACCAUGA